AUGCGGCUGCUGCUCAUCGAGCGCUUGCUUGCCGGGUCGUUCGUCGGGGCGCCCAUCGUGGACACGCUCAACGAGGCCACCCUUCGCGCCUACGCCGCAGACCGCCGCGCCACCGCCGACAACUUCCCGUGGCUUGCGAGGGUGAGCCCGGCACGCUGCCUCUCGUCGGAAGUGACGGGUGCUGGCGCGAGUCGCGCCGAGUGCUGGAGACUGCGGCGCGGCGAAGAGAAUGGCGCGAAUCUGCGGCGACGCCUCUUGCAGUCCGGCAUGGUGCAGCACUACGAGGGCGAGCGAGGCGCGGAGCGGCUGGUGCGCAUGGAGACUGCCAAUGGCAAGGUGCAGUACUACGAGGGCGAGCCAGGCGCGGAGCGGCUGGUGCGCGCGGUGCGUGCCGAUGGCUCCGUGCAGCACUACGAGGGCGAGCAAGGCGCGGAGCGGAAGGUGCGCAUGGAGACUGCCAAUGGCAGCAUGCAGCACUACGAGGGCGAGCAAGGUGCGGAGCGGAGGGUGCGCAUGGAGACUGCCAAUGGCAAGGUGCAGCACUACGAGGGCGAGCGAGGCGCGGAGCGGCUGGUGCGCAUGGAGACUGCCAAUGGCAAGGUGCAGUACUACGAGGGCGAGCAAGGUGCGGAGCGGAUGGUGCGCACGGAGUUCGCCGACGGCGAGGUGCAGGACUACGAGGGCGAGAAAGGUGCGGAGCGGUGUGUGCGCACGGAGUUCGCCGACGGCAAGGUGCAGUACUACGAGGGCGAGAAAGGUGCGGAGCGGUGUGUGCGCGUAGUGCCAGGCGCGAGCGAGGACAAGGCGGCCGCGGAGAAGCGGUACAAGGCCAUGCGGGUCGCCGAGCUGAGGAGCGAGUGCGAGCGCCUCGGCUUGGCCACCACCGGCGUCAAAGCAGCGCUCGUGGCGCGCCUCCUGGCGGCCUGA